AUGACAGGUAAACAAGGAGCUGCGGUGCUAUCGGAAACGUUGAAUAUAUCCAAAACGUCCUCUAUCGGUGCUAACGGAGGGAAUAACAGCCUGCACAAACAAUCAAAGAACAGCGCCACGCACCCUCCCAGAUGCACGGGAUUCGGGAUACAGGAGAUUUUAGGGCUGAAUAAAGAGCCUUCGGCGGCCCCGAGGAGCGCCUUGCAAUCACUGCCAGUUGGGGCGCAUCUGCUUGCCGCCAGGUCAAUGCUUGGCCCCACUGGUGUAGGAGUUGGGAUGGGAUUAAUUGGGCCUGGAGGGAUUCCAUUCUACAGGCAACCAGCGUUUUUGGAGGUCCUGCAAGAUGCGCAAAACGUUCACCUGCAGCCCCACAACAGAACUGUGGGACCUCUGGACCACAGCCAGUCCGCCAGUUCGGGUAGGAAUUGCAGUCGUUGUCAUUACAUUAAAGACUUAAAAUAUACAGUUGUAUUAUUAUUAUUAUUAUUAGUAGUAGUAGUAGUUAGCCUAGUUAUUAUUAUUAUUAGUAGUAGUAGUAGUAGUUAGCCUAGUAUUAUUAUUAGUAGUAGUAGUAGUAGGCUAGUAGUAGCAGUAGUAGUAGUAGACUACGAGUAGUUGUAGGCUAGUAUUAUUAUUAUUAGGCUGAACUUUAAAAGCACAAAGGAUAACCAUAGCCAGCUUAUAAUAUACAAUUAUACUAACAAUAAUAAAAAUAGGCUACUUAUGUCAGUAAUAUAACAAGAACAGAAUAUAAUGAUAACAUCUGCGUUAGAUGUUGUUUCUUAGCCUACUCAAUUUCAACACUACAAUUGUGAUAACAGAUUGAAUAUGUCUAAUUCCUCAAGCGAGUCAUUCAUGUUAUUGCCACGUUUUCUAAUAUUCACAGACUCAGAAGAUUUGUCAUCAAGUGAACGAAAACUCUCAAAGAACUCAUUAAGCCAGAGCAAGAAACGGAAGAAAAGAAGGCACCGGUAGGUGUUGCAUUCCAACACAUCAUAGGCCUAUUAUUGUUGAUCAGAACGCUAUAGUCUAAUAACUUAUAAUUCUGAAGCUCACGUUUCAUCUUUUUUUUUUGUGGCCUAACGACACUCGUUUUUUGUUUAGGGCUUUUGAACUGUCUUAAUUCAAGAACAACUAUUUUGGAUUUUGUGAAGGCUAUUAUAACAAGAUUGAAAAAGUAGAAAAUGUAUUGAAGUAUUGAAAAAGUAGCCUAUCCUAAUUACUGAGAUGACAAACAGCUUGUCCAUGGCCAAUAUUAAUAACCUUGUAACAAACAUGGAAUUAAAUUGAAUAGGGUCUAGGCCUAGAUGUUUAAAAAGUUAAUAAACAUGAUUUUUAUGCAAUUAAGCUUACAACGCAUUUCCUUAUUUAAUAGCCUUUGCAUUCCAAUUUUCCCAUAUAGCAACUGAAUGAUUUAGGCCUACAGGUGUGAAUUUACAGGCUAGCCUACACUAACAUUUCCGUAUUUUUUAAUACAUUUUUGUUAAUUCAUUUUGAUGUAUAUAUUUUUUGAGGUAUGAAAGCAUUAGCGUUUUGUUGCGAAUCAACCCGGGUCAAUUCAUCAUGCAAGGCCUAUUUUGAAUAUAGACUUUUUACCAUCGAGUGUAUAGGCCUAAUAGUACACCAUAUGGACAUAGCCUACCUUUUAUUUAUUACAAGUUUCAUAAUGAUAUAGGCUUAGUCUGUGAAGAUUGUAUUAUUCCUUGAUGAGACAUUGAAAUGGAAAAAUAUCAUUUCCUUUCUACCAGCAUAAAAUAAGAAAAGGGAUUAGACUCAGGGUUCUUCAAUUCCGGUCCUGGAGGGCCGAAACACUUCUGUUUUUUAUUUCUACCUGGUAGUUAAUUGCACUCACCUGGUGUCCCAGGUCUGAAUUAGCCCCUGAUUAGAAGGAGAGGAUGAAAAACAGAGGUGUUUCGGCCCUCCAGGACCGGAAUUGAAGAACCCUGGAUUAGAGCCUGCUAAAUGUUUUGCUAAGAUUUUUUUUAUUAAUCCACUUAUUUGUACUCACUUACUGAAUGCAUGAAAAUGCUGCAAUAUCCCUACACAUUGCUUUCUGGCUUACAUGCAUUGGCUACUGAAUACUUUCUAUUGUAAUGAAAUAAUAUGAUCUAGCAGCUGCUUUUGGAUGACAUGUGGACGAGAGGGUCGCUGCAUAGAGUUAGGCCUUCUUUAUUUCUAAAAUGCACCAUUGUUUCGCAUGUACCUAAGAUUAAAUGCAUACCACCAAAACCUUUGAUAUAUAAGAUGUACGGGCAUGCAUUGGGCCAACGUGCAAAUGAAGGUGUGCAUUUGUACAUCUGAUCUGUUUAAAUGAAAAAUAGCCAACCGAGCUUGCCUAUUUAUUCACCUUACGACCAUUUUUUUAUGCACACAAUUUACAUAUUUAAUAUUUCUUCAGAACCAUAUUCACAUCUUACCAGCUUGAGGAGUUGGAGAAGGCCUUUAAUGAAGCCCACUACCCUGAUGUGUAUGCAAGAGAGAUGCUGGCUAUGAAAACAGAGCUUCCAGAGGACAGAAUACAGGUAUGACAGCAGGCUGUUCAUGUUGGCAGUUUUUUUUUAAUUGUAUAUCAUGUCAGAUAUAUAUAUCUUUUUAAACUUGAGUUCUUCCUCCCCAACACACAUUAAUUCAAUGUAUUAGCAUAAACUACAAUUGCAUUUAAAUGUCUCAAAACAGCAUUAUUCAUGUUUAUAGCCUAUUCUUUUUAUUUAUCUACUGGAUAAAAUGACUGGAAUAUUAUGUCAGAUAUUGUUUUUUACAUCAUACUCAGUGUCCUUACAAAGAAACUCAAACUGCCAUAUUAUGUUACUCUCCAAAAGAUGUACUACAGGAGAACCUGUGCUACUUGUAAAAGGUAUUUCUCCAAUGAAAUGUGAUUGUUAUUUUUUAUAUUUUUUAAAAAUAGAUUUUCUGCAUUCAUCUUAGAGCAAGCACUAUUGACAUGUGUCACUGGAUACAUUGGGACUGAUUGAUACAUUGGGACUGAUUGAUACAUUGGGACUGAUUGAUACAUUGGGACUGAUUGAUACAUUGGGACUGUGAUCUGCUUUUGGUAUUGGUAUUGUUAGCAUUAUUCUCUUGAAAAUAAUCAUAAUUCAAUUUACAUGAUAAUGGUUGUCAUUUUACUAACAAAUGAAUGAUCAGUUGGGCCUUAAAGCCGUUUUUAUAUAAAUAUCAAAUCAUUUCUGGCUAACAAUGAAGUACCUUACUGUAAUAGAUUUCCAUUCAAAUGGGCAAAAGUAGCUAUUUAGCAAAAAACGAUUUCUCAAGCAAGAAUUUUGCUAGGACUGUCUAGGAGUGGUCUGAGUGAGGAGGGGAAAACUAGCUGUUAUUGGCAGAGAGGUUUGGAACUCUCUUUGUUAUUGGUUUAUUAACCAAUUACCACAUGGUGAAGUCACCAUCGAAAGCCGAAACUCCUGCCCAUGCAAACCUGCUGAUUAGAAGGUCCUGUGUAGAUUGUAUUUUAAACCAGAAACUAUCAGGAAAUAACACUGAUCAAAAACAUUUACAUACACUUGUACAGUGCUAGUUUCAUCAGCUGUUGUACAAUAUGAUAUAAAACACAGGAAAAACAUUUACCUUUAAAUGUGGAAUAUCAUAUAAUUCCUUAAUGGGCAGAAGGUGUUUUUGGGGUCCAUGGACAGAGUAAAGUACACAAUUGGUGGCUGAAGAGGUUUAUGCAGUGUAGAACUCAGUUAAAGGCCCGAUGCAGCCGUUUUUAUCUCAAUAUCAAAUCAUUUCUGUGUAACAAUUAAGUACCUUAAUGUGAUUGUUUUCAAACAAAAAUAGCUUCUUAGCAAAAUAAAUUUCUCAAGCAAAAAUGUUGCUAGGACUAUCUGUGAGUGGUCUGAGUGGGCAGGGGAAAACUGAAAACUAUCUGUUAUUGGCAGAGAGGUUUGGAACUCUUUAAAUUAGUGUAACAAAUAACUUACCUCCUGGUCAGUGGAGGCUGCUGAGAGGAGAUCGUCUCAUAAUUAUGGCCGAAAUGGAGCAAAUGGAAUGGCAUCAAACACCUGGAAACCAUGUGUUUGAUGUAUUUGAUACCAUUCCACUCCAGUGCUCGUGGUGAUGUCAUCCCACCAAACAGGCUGACAUUUCAGGCAGUCUUUUCAAACAGCUCUUACACUAAAAGGGCAUUACCAUCAAUUUCACAGUAUUAUUCCAACCUCAUAGUGUGGAAAUAUACAGAAAACUGCCAAAAUAAAGAAACACUUGAGUAAAUUAGGUAUUCAAAUUAUAGCAGGUGCUUCCACACAGGUGUGGUUCCUGAGUUAAUUAAGCAAUUAAAACAUCCUGUCAUGCUUAGGGUCAUGUAUAAAAAUGCCCAGUUGCCCAUUAUUUUGGCUACCAUGGCUAGAAGAAGAGAUCUUAGUGACUUUCAAAGAGGGGUUUCAAAGGAGCAUAGUGGGUUUAAAGGGUGUGUGUGUGUGUCUCAGUCACCAGAUCUCAUCCCAAUUGAACACUUAUGGGAGAUUCUGGAGCGGGGCAUGAGACGGCGUUUUCCACCACUAUCAACAAAACACCAAAUUAUGGAAUUUCUCGGGGAAGAAUGGUAUCGCAUCCUUCCAAUAGAGUUCCAGACACUUGUAGAAUAUAUGCCAAUACGCAUUGAAGCUGUCCUGGCGCCUCUGGCGGCUUGUGAUGGCCCAAUGCCCUAUUAAGACACUUUAUAUUGGAGUUUCCUUUAUUUUGGCAGUUACCUGUAUAUAAAACACAGGAAAAUCACGCUUUUGACUGCACUGGGCCUUUACAUUGAAAUAGGCUCGUCUCAACUUGUAGGCAGGGCAGGCGUAUCUUUUUUUGCUUUAGCCGUGGGAUUUAAAUAGCCUAGGCCCAGACUAUAAAGCAGGUAUUAAAUAAACAAUGAAUUGCCUAGAAAAUGAAAAGUGGAGUGAUCUAGGCCUAGCCUACUCUGCACUUGACGAAAUAGUUAGCCCCAUAAUGUUUUACGGAGGAUGCAAGUGAGCCCACGUAAAUCGAUCAAUGAUGUCAAAGACACCUCUAGCAGCAUCCUCGCCAGAGCAGGUCAUCUCUCAUCAGGCGCAGUUGGAUGUGAAACAAUUUGUUCUCGGAGAGGAGCACUAACGACCUAAUCAAGCUAUCAAAGCGGAAGAAGAUUGCGGUGUGACCUGGACCAUCCAUCUGCCUGAGCGCCUUUUAAUUUCGUUCUCAUUACGGCUCUUCGCCGCGAAAAAAUAAUAAGGAAAUAAAUAAAAAAAACCGUAGGCUAUUCCAAUCCUAAAUAAAAUUAACACCCAAUUUUCUCAUAGAUUGUAAUUAGUUAAAUCAGACGAGCUUGCCUUGUUCCAGGGGGAGGCUUGCACGAGACGCGGGGAGUUCAAAUGAAAUAACUACAUUGAAUUUAUUAGCACGGGUCAAUAGCGCCGCUCCCCCGAGUCCAGCUCGUUUAAUUUCCCGUGAUAUUUGCCCGCCUGUCCACCAUCGAUUGGGCUUGAAAUUAACUUAUUUUUCAAUCAGCCUCGGCGUGCCCUAGGGGUCGCUUCUGCUUGCAGCUUCUCCCUCGGCUUCCUUUGAGGGCCAGAGAAGCAAUUUCUCAUAAAAAAGCAUCUUGUAUGAAAUAAGGGCUAUCAUCAGAAUUACCAGAAAAAAGGUUUUAAAUGGUUUUGAUCAUUUUCAAUUGAAUGUCUGGUCCCCCUCCACAGUCGAGACAUCUCUGUGCUUGCCCCUCUUCUUUUUUUGCACUCCACAUACAGCCAUCAGAAGUGGCCAAGGCUGUUUAACAGCUCUGUGUUGUGCUAUGAAAUCAAUUUGGCCUCUCACUGAGCUGACAGAUAGCCUGGGGCCCCAACCAGUAGUCAUGGAGUUCCACACUUGGCAGUGGGCAAGUGAAGUAUCUUAAUGUGUUAGUCACUAUCCAUCUACACUACCUCAGGCUGGAGGGAGAUAAAGACUGACAGAAGACAGAGAUCAUUCAGAGACCACCAGCAGCCUGUAUGGGAAAUCAAUGUGCUGAAUCAAAUCACAUCAGUUGUAUCUUAUAUCACCACACAUUACAUAAGAGAUCUUACAGAGAUCUCAAAACAAACACAACACUGAAGUGACUAUAAACUGGAAAUAUAGUGAGAGAAAUAAGACCCGAUUAAGUUAUGUAGUUUUCACAAAUUAUAUAACAGAAUUGGCAUAAAGGGCUAUUAGGUCUGCCAAAGAUUGGGAUGGAUUUUUCAAGGGGUGGACAACUGUGUCAUAAUGUGAUGUCAGUGCAAGAGUCAGUUAAGGUGGUGGUGUCUGUCAGUUAGUGGACUCAUUGAUGCUGCUAGUGUCAGUGUGUCUGAAUAUUGCUAGUUUCAGUGUUGAUCAGUGGUACUGAAUAAUUCCCCCUGGGUUACAGGUCUGGUUCCAGAACCGCAGGGCCAAAUGGAGGAAGAGGGAGAAGUGCUGGGGUCGCAGCAGUGUGAUGGCAGAGUAUGGGCUGUAUGGAGCCAUGGUCCGUCACUCUAUCCCCCUACCGGAUUCCAUCCUCAAGUCUGCCAAGGAUGGCAUCAUGGACUCCUGUGCCCCAUGGCUGCUUGGUAUGAGACUAAUGUUUUAUCUACACUCUAAAAAGUAAAGGUUCCUGGAGGAUCCUUUAGGGGUUCUUCAAAUUGAAACUGUGGGGGAACCCCUAUAAGUUCUUUGAAUAACUAUUUAAAAGGGUUCUUCAAAGAACCCCUUUCAAUGGAUCCUCAAAUAACCUUUUGAAGAACCUUUCGGGGUUCAUUUUGGAACUACUCCCCCCUUCCCUAUUAUUAUGAUUAUUAGUAAUAAAUACGCUUAACAAUAACAACAAUAACACAAUAUUUUAGUUGUCAGUGUUUAUUAGGAUUUUAGUGGCAAAGCAGAAUAAAAAAAAGAAAUACAAAGGUAAACUCCUAGCAGAGCCCCAAGUCCAAUGGUUAUAUCCUCUGGCAUGUUGAUCUUAAUGUGUUGAUGUUCUCCAUAUCCAUAGCCAGAAGGAUUUAGCAGUGCAUGGUGAUCUAACAGGUUUCCUAUUAUAUUCAUCAGAGGUGUAGGGAGGAUGAAGUCUGUGAAUCCAAAAAAUUGUAAUUAUACAGAUGAUUAACAAAACAUGCACACGACAGUAUUCAUACCUUGGCUUUUGAGGUAAAUGUGAAUGAAAAAACUGUUUUAAUAAUGGUUUUCAUACACAUACCUUGUCCAUAAUGUAGAGGCCUGUGGGAUAUUCAUUGUAGCGGUAAGAAAGGAGGAUGGUAAAUCUGAUCUGCAUAACAUACCAAUACCAACUGACAUACCUUUGUAUGCCUCCUCGUCUGUAUACCUGCAGACACAAACACACAAGUGAGCAGUUCAGUCAUCUGCACCCAACACAGCUAGCCUUCAACAUAUUCUUAUAGCCUACAAUACAUAUUCUUACCUCUUUGUUGAUUGAUAUCCAUUGAAUUGUGUCCAUUUUCUGUUUUAGAAAGAUUUGCACAAAUAUGAAAAGAUGGAUAGUGUCAUCAGAAAACAAUAUCAAUUUAGAUCAUACAAGGGACAAACCUUACCUUAAAUUGAGGAGAUCUUUAUAUUUUUCAGUUAAGUGCCUGCACCUGCUGUCCUUUCAAAUUCAAAUCCAAAUGUUUCAGUUGGGCAGUUAGGUUCCUGCAAGAACGCCCACCAACUUAGGAGGUUCCUCGAUGAACCCCACCUAUGGGGUUCUUGGAAGAACCUUUUGGGUGCAAUUUUCAGUGCCAAGAACCCUAAGGUUCUUCGAAGAACUUUGAAGAUCUUAGAAGAACCCUUAAUUUUUAGAGUGUACAGCAGGUUUCACCCUCCAUGCUUACUCUCAUUAUAUUCUCCACAAUCUACUUUUUUACUUGUGAUUGUGGGUUGUGUUCCUCGUCAUUCAGGGAAGAGGCCAAACAGACCAUUUCAUACUUGAUUUCAUAUUUUCAUCAAAUGACUCUGAAAUGAUCAAGAUAUCAUAUUGACUUAUUGCUUAGUGGGAAAAGAAACAAUUCAGCAAAUAUUUACUAUCAGUUUACACUUAUUAUGCAUCCUCAAUUUGAAGAUCAUAUUCCUAUAGCUAAAUCAGAACUAUUUCUUUGCUUACUAUUUUCAGUUCAAGAUGGCUUUCCAAUCAGCAGACGCUUUUCUAAAUCCGAAUACCCACAAUUCUUUACAGGGAUGCACAAAAAGUCCAUGGAGACCACGGUCGUCCAGCCAACAGGGAAGUCCGACGUUCCCCAGCAGCCAGCCAUUCAGAGGGCAGAAGAGUGCGACGUGGAGGAGAAGAGGGCGGAGGGCAAGUCACCGAUUUCCAAAGAGGAACUGAGGGAGAACAGCAUCGCAGCACUCAGGGCAAAAGCACAGGAGCACAGUGCCAAGGUGCUCGGGACUGUUACAUGCGAGAGACCAGAGAGCAAAGUGGAGAGACAGGCGACAGAGGAAAAAUCUAGUGGCCCUUUGAGUCCAGUGGAAGAGCCCAAGAGUCCAUAG